AUGUCAUCAGCCUCUCAUUCGGUCAGCGAUGAGGACUUUUCUCCGCAUGCCCUCGACAUUGAACAGUCGCCGACAUUUUCCGGCAAUGAAGAGGAAGCAGAAGAUGACCAGGGAGGAGACUACUCCACGCGAAUGGAGGAGUUACUCAGCGAUGAGGAUGAACAUGGUGAUACAGAGGCAGACGAAAAUGAUGGCGGGUUCGUCUACGACGGUGUAGACGCCGACCAAGUCACAGGCGACAACUAUCGAGACCAGCUGCGAGACGUUCUCGGGCCCGAGGACUCAUAUGAUGAAUCCGAGGAACAGGAAGUGGUACGGGCUCUUUUGCAGGAAAGCAAUAGCGUUUCCAAUGAGCCGCCUCGCGAUGUGCCACAUGUCGAUAUCCAGCUGGACGUCAGCGCUUCAGCAUCUGCUGCCUUAGUUAUGUGUUCUUUGCCACCUAGCAGAGUAGGAUCACCUGUGCCGAACGGGCCCUUCGCACUAUUCCCCAAGCCAUUCCUACAUCCAAAUGUCUCCCGACUUCGCUCGUUUACGCCAAGAGGCUCCCCUGCUCUCAGCGCUGGUUCACCUCAUGCGCAACCUAUAAAUAGCUUCUCUCCAUCUCCAUCUCAUUUUUCUGAAAUCUCGCGGGCAUCGUCUCCAUCUGCGGGUCAUAAAGGACUUCUGAUAGGCCAUGAGAGAGAAGUGUUUCGGUGGUCGUCACUCGGGAGCGCAGGGUCUCAUUUCUACGACCAGAAACCUUCAAAAGCAUCAACUGUCCUCGGUGCUCCUCUCACGGGAGCUCCCAUGGUCCUCACUGCUAACGGGUUUAUCUGUGUUGGGACAGAUAAGGGCCGCAUAUUCGUUUUUGACUUUAAGCAAACAUUGAAGUGCAUAUGUGGCAACGACUCGUCUGCAUCAACAGUUGGGCCCAUCUCUGCGAUCGCUCUAUCGAACGACCAUACGUUUGUCGCAUCUGGGCAUACUACUGGCUACAUUCAACUUUUUGACUUGAAGAACCCUGAGGUCGCAGCUCGGACUGUGACACCUGCCACUCUUGCUGCUGUCACAUCCGGUCGACAGGAAGGACAUAUUCCAAACUCCCGUAUCAUCAACGUCUCCUUCGUGGCUGGCCGUCAUACAGCUGUGGUCUCUGCUGAUGAGUACGGUCUAUCUUUUUACCAUAGUCUUGGUAAAGUCCUGUUUGUGGAGGCAUCAGACACAAUUCGCAUUUUCGGGAAUUAUCAUGGAGAAGAUGCUCCCGAAGUUAGUAUCUCUGGUCAUCCUGCCGACCCAUCAUCCCAACAGAACGCACUCAGUCGCCCUUCCUUUCGCCGCAGAAGACGACCCCGCAACACAGUCCUUGCAAUGAGCACUCUUCCCCUGGGUCCUCUUCCACAUCCCACCGAUGCAUAUCAGAUCGUUGCCUUGCUGACACCCACAAAACUCGUCAUUGUUGGCCUGAAGCCUAAUCCGAAGACGUGGCUGAAGCUUAUGCGAGAUGAGGGGCAACUCUCGUCCCCCGGGUAUCGAAGGAGAGGGUGUCUUGCGUGGUUCCCCAGCGUCCAAGAUAGUUCAACGGAGAAAUCGGACAAAACAGUGAACACGAAGAACCCAAGGAGUGGGAAACAACCCGGACGCCCGCCAACUCAUCCUGUGCUCUCGUACUCGUGGGGGAGUCAUGUAUAUCUACUACGCGUAUAUGAACAAAAGACCAAACAGACCGUGUCAAACAGCCGCACAGGGAAAACAAGCGAAGUGGAAGUUGGCACGUUAGUGUUCGAAGAGGCAGGACAGUGGACGAUGGAUGAUAUUGUUCUUGCCAUCCAAUGGCUCAAUGUUAAUCAAUUGGCCGUCUUUACGGCGAGCGCCUUGAGUGUUUAUGAUGUACAUGGCGUAAAGAUGGUUGAAGCAGUCCAAUUUGACUCUUCCUCUCUGGUAUCUCCCUCGCUGGGCUACACGGGUAAUGGUUCGAUGUCAUACUCCGAGUCUGUGAGAGACAUCGCACACAGUAUCCGGACCUACAAAGGAAAACUUUUUCUUCUGGGUCGACAGGAACUAUUUGUUGGUACCUUACUUAGCUGGGCUGACAGGAUCCUGUCCUUUGUCGAGCAGGGCAAUUUUCUCAGUGCCAUUGAACUUACCCGCACGUACUAUACGGGCGAAGCUCCUGGCAAUCGCAAUGGUCUUCCUGAGGACCCAGAAGAACGGCAGAUCGUAAUCGCUGAUAAAAUUCACGACCUCAUGGUGGCAUCCUCCCGCUAUGCGUUUUCUGAAGACCGUAUGACAGAUGGCACGCAUGCGUCACUUGAUGGACGGGGCGUCGAUCGCACCUCGCUCUUUGAAGAUCUGGUAGCAACAUGUGCCCGUGCUUGUAUUGCUCUGAAUGACUUCGACUUCUUAUUUGAGGAGUUGUUCCAGCAGUACGAAAACGCUGGCAUCUACCGGAUGUUCCUCCACCAACUUGAACCCUUUGUAUUGGAUGGCAGCAUUCCCUUAGUGCCUCCUCGCAUCACACAGCGACUCGUGGCGCUACAUGAUGAAAACGGACGUCCAGAUCUUGCGGAAAGAAUUAUCUGGCACAUUGAGCCAUCCUGCUUGGACAUCAAUCAAGCCAUCAAUCUCUGCCGAACACAUCAGCUAUGGGAUGCGUUGGUUUAUGUGUACACUCGUGCCCUGCGAGAUUAUGUCUCUCCCAUAGUCGAAUUUCUUGGCAUCAUCCGCAGCCUACAACAGAACCCAACGCCUACGGACACCGUCAUCAAGAACGCCUAUAAGAUCUACUCUUACUUGGCGACCGUGCUGUGCGGGCAAAUCUACCCCAGUCAGGAGCCUCUGGAGGCAGCUGAAGCUUUGCUCGCUAAAAGAGAUGCAUACUCGUUCGUCUUUUGCGGACAUUCCACUGUCUGGCCCGUUGAAGGAGGAAGUCUGGUUUUGACGUCCCAAGAAGAAAGCGGUGUGGAGCCAACAUAUCCUUAUACUCGACUCUUGCUCCGCUUUGAUGCUGAAUCGUUCCUGCAUUGCUUGGACAUAGCUUUUGAGGAUUCAUAUCUCAACGAAUCCUCUCAUGACAUGAGUCGGUUGAUGAUAGUCAAGAUUCUACUGGAUAUCAUGUCCAGUGAAGAUCUCUCACCAUCCGAUGUCACGUUUAUCAACAUCUUCAUUGCACGGAACGUCCCGAAAUAUCCCCAGUUCAUUCAAGUCGCACCCAGUGUCCUUCAUAACAUCCUUACUGCGCUUGCCACUCAACCUGAAGUGGAAACGCGAGAGGACCGUCAGCUCGCGGCAGAGUAUCUCCUGUCAGUUUACACCCCCCACGACGGAGACCGACUUCUUCGGCUCUUUGAGGAUGCCGGAUUUUAUCGCAUCUUACGUAGUUGGUACCGCCACGAGCGGCACUGGGGUCCCCUCCUCACUGCGUUCCUUCACGAUCCCGAACUCCGCCCUUCAGAAAUAUUCAGCGGUUUCCAGGAAGUCAUUACCAGCUCGGCAAGAGAUAACAAAAAGCAGGUCCCUAGCAAUGUCAUUGAUAUUCUUACCACCUCACUCGAUGAACUGUUACAAGCCGAUAUUCUUGCAACUGCGGCUCUUCUAGACAAGCAUGUUCCUCAGCUUCACGAGACUGCCCUUGAGAGCCCGCCGUUGUCGAACGAUCGUGACCAGUUCAUCUACCUCAACCACCUGGUCUUCGACAGUGAAUAUGACCAGUAUUCUUCCACUCCCAGUUCCCCGAGUCAUCUCAACAGCCGACUUCGCCACCGCUUUAUCCGCUUGCAGUGUGGUUUUGCGCCCUCUGCUGUCAUUGAUGUCCUUAAACGCUUGCAGGACGGCAUUGACUGGUCGACGGCGUUGAGUAUAUGCGAGGAGGCAGGAGCGUAUGAUGCUGUCAUAUGGGCCGUGAAUUACAGGGGACAGCCACGGGAAGCCCUCUCAAAAGCGGAUGUGUUUGAGAAGCAGCUCACGCUAGAUCUCGCACGCACGCUGGCCUCGCCAGCUCCUGGUUCCACGGAUUCCGUUUACAAAUGCUUGAACGAUCUGCAAACCAUCGGACGGCGCGGGAUAUCAGUAGUGACGCAGGGGCUUGAGAGUGAGGUGCUGUCGACUUUGCGGGCUAUCGUCCAAGAGACGUUUGCGUCUUUGGUUUCUCGCUUGGUAGAUCCUACUGUGCACUCCGGCACUACGGGCACCCCAUAUACGGAGUUCCGUGCAAUUUUUGACUGGCAUGUUUGGAAUCGUACCGAACCGAUGGAGACAUGUUAA